AUGGAGGGAGAUGGCAUCACUGGCAAGAGAAGGGAAGGUGCUCUGGAAGAGGGAGGGAGCAGCGCCAAGAGACUCAAGUGCAGCAUAGAGCCGGAGGCCUUCAGUUGUGACGCGUGCGGCCGGCCCCUCUGGCUUCCGAUAUUCCUGUGUUCCGAUGGGCACUUCUUGUGCUCGUCCUGCCGCGACGAGCUGCCUGAAGGCAAGUGCUCUGAAUGUUCCGGCGCCCUCGCGCGCAGCCACGUCAUGGAGCGCGCCGUCCAGUCCAUCCUCGUCGACUGCGGCGCCGGGUGCGCCGUGAAGACCGCCUACGGCCGCGACUGCGCGCCCCACCGGUUGAUUUGUCCUUACGCGCCGUGCGAAUGCCCGGAGCCCGGCUGCCGCUUUGCGGGUCCGCAGGAGGAGCUACUGGACCACCUCGCCGGCCACCACAAGUGGCCGUCGACGACGUUCGGAUACUGGGCGCCCUUCGAUCUCCGCGUCGCCGAACCGGGCUCCCACCCGGCGGCAGAGCCGCACGGGUACGCCGUCUCCCUCGUCCGCGUUCAGUACAUCAACAUCACUGGGUGCUCGGUGUCCUUCUCGUGCUCGCCGCGCCAUCGCAUCACUGCGGCGGUUGGCAAUGUAUGGCCCUUGUGGUAUGCUGGUUGGCCGCCGGAGAAGUACGUCUGUUUUGUGCCCAAGGCUUCUGACGGGCCGGACGCCGCCGCAGGCAUCGUCCUCACGAUCAACAUCGACAUCACACCUGCUGACGAUGCUGAUGAAGAUGACGACCCGGACUACAGUAGCUACGUCCAGAGCGACGAGGAUGACGACGGUGAUAGCUCGUGA